UGAUCAUUUGAAUUUUAGUUGUACAAAUGAAUAUGAAAUGGAAACACGUGUACAAAUAGAAUUUUGUCCAUGUACACAAGCAGAUUAUGAAUGUGAAUAUGGAUUUUAUCGUCAACCAGGAUCAUUGAAUUGUAUACGAAAUCCAUAUAUUCCACCAUUGGAUCCUUGUACAUUACCGAGGAAACAACGUCAAACUAUUCAUCAAUUAGGUUAUCGUUUAAUACCAGGUGAUCGUUGUAUUGGUGGUUGGCAACCUCCAAUAUGGAAUCAAACCAUUUUAGACUUGAUCAAAUCAUGUCCAUACGAUACUACUGAUGAGGAUGGUGUUACUGAUGCUGACAAUGACGGUGCUAAUUAUUUCAUUACUCACAAUCCAAUGUCAAUAGUUAUAUCGAUUAUACUACUUACAAUCGGUGUCAUAGUCUUAUUAUUUAUUUUAUGGAAUAAAACUCAUCAUCAUCGAUUAUUGACACAAACAACAAAUUAUCAUUUUGAUACAAGACAUUUUAAAAGUAUGACUAAUAAUGCUUUUAAUCAUAUACAUGAUUGGUUUGUUAUCCCAUUGAAAAGAAAUCAUUUCACUGGAUUUGUCAAUAAUAGUAAUAAUACUACUCACAAUAAUAAUAGUAGUAUAAAUAAUAUUGAUAGAAUUUCUUCAAUAUUCAAUGAUAGUCGAACUGUUUUAUGGCCACCAACAUCUACUACUACUACUACUAACGCUACUCAUUGUACACCACCAUCAUCACUGCAUGAAUCCAAUACUCAUUCAAAUCAAUUUAAAAUUAAUUAUCUACAAUCAAAAUUAUUUAGUAAACCGCUAAAAACUACUCAAAUAAAUCAUGAUAGUAGUAUUAUUAGUAAUCAUAAUCAUAAUCACAAUUACAAUCAUAUGAAUAAUCAUCAUAAUCAUUCAGUUAUUAUUCCAAAAAAAUCCAUUAUCAUUCCAACAAUGAAACGUGUCACUAACACUGGUCUACGUCAAUAUUUUCGUCAUAAUGAUAAAGAUGUGACUAAUUUAUUAGAAGCCGAAGAAAUUCCAUCUUCAUGUUCAUUAUUGUCACUGUCAUCAAUCAAUAAUAAUAACAAUAGUAAUAAUAAUCAUAGUAAUGAUUCCAAACAGUUAUAUGAUGAUCCAUUGAGUUCGUGUGCAUAUAACAAUUCUUUAACA